AUGUCAAUGCUUCCGGAAUCACGCUACGUUGCGAUUACUAUCUCGUUAAUGAAAGUACAAAAGACGCUGAUGGAGGCGCAAUUGACAGACGCGAAUCAACCCAAACCAAGCAGUAAAGGACUAAAGGGCAUUAUUUAUAAUCGCAAAAAUCCUUGUGAUGCUAACGUUUCCCCUCCAAACCCUCCAAGCAUCGCACCAUUCAGAAUAGCUCUCAUUACAGACAACGGCUGCCCAAUCUACCAACAAAUCGUAAAUGCUCAGACUGAUGGUGCUAUUGGCGUAAUCAUUUCUCGUAAUUCAACGGACACGACAAAAAACGAGAAUGACGUCAAUAUUCCAGCAUUCUAUAUUAGUGAUUCGGCAGGGAAAACAUUAUUGAGCAACAUACAAAAUGGAACUAGUCCUGAAAUGUUUCGUGUCGCUAUGUUUCCACCGCAAUCUGGUUUUCAUGGUGCUUGGCAAAUUGCUAUUCUAGUGGUCGGUUGUUUGCUUGCUGUUUCUUUUUUGAUUUCUGUUGCAAUUCACUUCCGUCUUUAUCAACUAAGACGUCGCGAACGAUCAGCUAUUAUUGCACAACAAGAAGCUAAUACUAACUCUAAGUUGGAUAUUUAUACAUUGGACAAAUCUAUCGUAGAAAAACUACCUACCAUAACUUAUAAAAAUGAAUCAUCAUCAUCAGACGAUGUACGCAUUCCGAUUUUUGGUAACUGUGAAUCCUCUUCAGCACCUUUAUCAUCCAUUCCUGCUGCAAAAAGCCGUCGUGACUCCUCUCGUUCAGUCACCUUUAAUCCCAAAAAGAUUGGUGAUCUAUCCAUGACAGAAGAAAAACAUUAUUCGAAUGAUGUUUGCUCUAUUUGUUUGGAUGAAUUUCAAGAUGGCGAUGUCUUGAGACGACUUCCAGAGUGCUCACAUUUGUAUCAUACAGAAUGUGUUGAUAAAUGGCUCACUACAAAAUCAUCACAAUGUCCACUCUGUAAACGAGAUUGUACACCGCCAGAGAUCGUAAAGAAACGAGAAAAGGCACAACAAACUCAAUCUCGGCUCUCUGGUCUCUAUGCAACUUCUUCCAGUUCUCGUUAUACAAGCGAAGAAAGUUAUGAUGAUACAACUUAUAAUGUUCAACGUGGAUCUAUCUUCGGCAGAAUUGUUGGCAUGUUUGGAUAUGGUGACUCGAAUGAAAGCAGUCAUGAUGGUCACACUCGUCCAAAUGGUGAUGCCAUACAACAAUUGUCUCCUGUUGUCGUAAGACCAGUAAAUGUUGGUCGCAUUGUAUAA